CCCUCGCGGCGGCCGCGCAGGUUCCGAGCUGUUGGCACCGCGCGACGCCGCCCUCGCCGGGCAGCUCCCCCUGGGCCAUGGGGAAGGAAGCCGGGAAGAGCAAGAACGGUAGACGAGGCAGGCUUAAGUUCAAGCCUUCUGUGCACGACUUGAGCAAAACGACGCAGACCAAACUCACUGUGGGCGGCCUGGGCUUAGGCUUGAUCAUCAUCCAGCACGGGCCCUACCUGCAGAUCACCCACCUCAUCAGGAAGGGGGCUGCAGCUAGAGACGGGAAGCUCCGGCCAGGUGAUGUUCUGAUCAGCGUUGGUUAUGCCAAUGUGCUGGGUUAUACACUUCGGGAAUUUCUAAAGCUCCUCCAACACAUCACCAUAGGAACAGUGCUACAAAUUAAGGUUUACCGAGAUUUUAUUGACAUACCCCAGGAAUGGCAAGAAGUAUAUGACUUAAUUCCGGAGACGAAACUCCCAGUCACUUUUAGCGCUGCAGGGAAUGCUGAGGAUUCUGUCACCAGCAGCGAUGACAACGAAGAUGCAGUUUUAGAGAGAAGAUUUAGACACAGGUACCCACGGCCAACUGGGCAACAGCCCGAGAGGACACUGGCGUCCACCUCCAGAGAACGGCUCGAGUACGAAAGGAAGAGCCACGCUGCUCCUGCUGGGAGAGACACUGACGGCGCCGCAACGAUUCACAGAGCGCGCAAGGCGGGGACAGCCCUGUCCGCGCACUGGGCGGCGGGGCAGCGGGGCAGCGACAGCUCCUCUUCCUCGGCCUCCUCCACUUCAGGCGAGUUCUGGCCGGAAGCCUGGGCCCAAGCGGAGACGGGCCAGGGCCCACGGGCACCGAAGGUUGGUUAGGCAGUGCUGCCAGGCUGUGGGCACAUGGCGUUUGCUCACCGCACACAGCUCUGCAGGAAUGCGCACGGAACAGCAGGGACCUGCCGGUGCUCUCCAGGACGGAGCUGAAGAGCUUUAGAGACCUUCUUCAGUGCGACGGCGCAGGACUUCUGGGGUCUCCCAGGCCUCGCCAAUCCUCAACAGUCGCAAUAAAAGCGCCCCAUUACUCAGAUCAA